AUGAACGCUCGAGAAAUCUUGGUUGUCGCAAGUCCCUUAAGCACCUGGAGGAUGGAGCCACAACAUGGCCUCGCCGCCGAGCUCGAACUCGUCAGCGCAUCCCUCCUCCCAUCCGAGAUACUCCACAGCCACGUCUCGCCAGACCACACCGUGUUCACCGUCACCAGCUCCGACAGCCAGCUCUCUUUAUCAGUCUCCGUGGGGCAAGGAUUUCCGAAGAAAGAGAGUGUGGCCGUGGAAAUCAAGGGUGGCCAGAUGGGAAGGGACGAAGCCGCUGGGUGGAUUGACUGGGUCCAGGGCAAGCUUGAAGACUGGGAUGAGGACCAGGACUAUCCGCUCUACGAGGCGAUGACUACACACUUUCUCCCUCUCCUCGCCCCAGUAGGCACUACCCCGUCUCCUCCCCCCUCGAAGCCUCCUGCGUUGGCUCCUGAUGUCCCAACCGUACCUCACCACGCUCUACUGGUCUCUCACCACCUUUUGGCACCUUCCAAACGAAAAGACCUUCACGCCUUAUCCUCAUCUUUGUCCUUGAUAGGCUUCUCAAAGACGGGCCAUCCGGGGAUCAUGUAUGCCAUAGGCGACCUCCUUGAUCUAGAGGAAUGGAUCAGAGAAGUCAAGUCCUGGCAAUGGCUGGCUUUGCGCGUGCGCCUUGCCCCUGUUCCCGUUCCAGAAGAAGCGGGGAACGUGGUGCAGAAGGGUCAAGAAACCGGUGCUCGGGGAGGAAAAGGCCGAGGGGAAUGGACCGAGAUGGAGAAGGUAGGGGAAGCUUUGGAAUGGCUUAGGAAGAGGGGUGGAGAAGAGAGGGCAAAGGUGCUCACGGAUAUCGGGAUCGGAGCGGGUGGGGGUAAGGGUUGA